AUGAAGAAAUUUGUCAAAGCUUCAAAUUUUAAGGGUGUUACAUGCAGAAGCGAAAUUGAAACAAUUGGGAGAGAAGUUUCUGCUUCUCUGAUUUGUUUCAAAUGUGGAGGGUUGGUUCGGCGUGCCGCUGACUGCAAGAGUGUAGAUGUUGUUGAGAUUGUGUUGUUUCCUGAAUUCGAAGAGAGCAUAGAUUCAAGAUUUAUAUCUACUAGUCAAGUGAAAGAAUUCUUAAAAGACGAAGCUCAAGUGUUUACCAUGUUUUCUUCUUUGCAAGUUGGAAGUAAGGCAUCAAUGGUUGACCUACCCAUGAUAUGUGAAUUUCUAGAAGUAUUUCCAUAUGAUAUUACUGAUCUACCGCCAGAGAGAGAAGUUGAGUUCACCAUAGAUUCAGUACCCGAUACUAGACCUGUGUCGAUGGCACCUUAUAGAAUGUCUCCAAUAGAAUUGGGUGAACUGAAGAAACAAUUAUAA